CGAGGCGCACGCAGUUUGAGGACACUAGUCGUCCUUUAGGGGCUUUCACAUUCACACAGCGCGAUGGAGCCUUGGAUUUGAUGGCACCCCACCCAGUGAGGAGGCUUUUCGCGUUAUUCUUAAUAUCCGUCUGUUACUGAUGGAGCCUGUUGGAUCGGCCCCCGGAUCAGCUAAAAUCCGUCCAGAAUACGGGCAGCUGCAUCAGGUCGACGAACCAUCUUCAACUGUGCCUCGAAUCAUGCACUUUCAAAUGCAGCGUGGGGCCCAAGCGAUGAUUUUGGCUUGCUGGAUAAGAAUGCAUGGUUGUCCCCCCUUCUUAAGGUCCCAUCAUUCAUUCUUUCUCUCUUCGUCUCAUUUCCCAACCUUUGGGAACGUUGAAGUGUCACUGCCACAGCUGCAGGCAUGAAGGUAUCGUCUUUGCUUACUGCGAGCGCCUUCGCAGCGGGUGCCGUUGCUCAAGCUUUCGAGGACGUUGAUUUCAAUGUCACGGAAGCCCUGCUUCAAAACCACUUCGACGUAACCCUAGCUCCGGAACUCUUGGAAUUCGUUAACAAUGGCCAACUGGGCUCAAAACGCUCUCUCCCCGAGCCUUGCGCGACUGCAUGCAAGUCCUUAAAAGCCGUGUACGGUUCAUCGAAGCUCAUCUCCCAGGGAACCACUGAGUACACCGCCUUUCAAGCCGCAUACUGGUCGAACCAGCAAGCUUCUGUCAGCCCACGCUGCGUCUUCAAGCCAUCCGAACCAAUUGAGGUUUCAUCUACCGUCCUCAUCUCGCGUCUUACUCAGUGUCCUUUCGCGGUCAGAGGCGGGACCCAUGCAUCUUUCGCGGGCGCAUCCAGCAUCGAAGGCGGGAUCACAUUAUCUAUGGAGAAUCUGAACCAAAUCAAGGUUUCUUCGGACAAAAAGACCGUGGAUGUGGGCCCCGGGAACCGGUGGGCGUCUACGUACCAGGCGCUCGAAAAUCACGGCCUGGCUGUAGUUGGUGGGAGAAUGUCGCCCGUCGGUGUCCCGGGUCUCGUCCUUGGUGGCGGCUUCUCGUUUUUCUCCAACAAGCUGGGCUGGGCGUGCGACAAUGUUGCAGCCUUUGAGGUAGUCACUGCUUCGGGUCGCAUUAUCACUGCAAACGCCACGCUGUUUCCUGACCUCUACUGGGCCCUGCGCGGCGGCGGCAACAACUUCGGUAUCGUCACCAACUUCAAACUUUAUGCGUUUGAACAAGGUAAGAUGUGGGGUGGCCAGCGAAUCUACGCUGAGAACCAGUUCGAAAAAGUGAAAGAUGCCAUAUUCAAGUUCGGCAACGAAACAUCCUCCACCGACACGGAUGCAGCCCAGAUUGUGUCCUUCGCUGCGAUACCAAGGCUCGGCAAUGUCGCUAUCACCCAACUCCACUACGCAAAACCGGUUGCCAGUGCCCCCAUCUUCAGUGACUUCAACGUCAUUCCAGCCAUCUCCGAUAACACGGACGUGCGGCUCCUCAGCGAGCUCGCCAUCCUCAUGAAUGAAGGCAGCCACGACACCGGCCUUCGCCAGGUCAUGUGGGAUGUGACCUUCAAGCUGGAUCGAGGAAUUUUCGACUUUCUUACCGCCACGUUCUUCGCCGCCGUGCCAUCGCUGUCUGAUGUCGAAGGACUCUUCGCAGCCAUUUCCAUCCAGGCGAUCACCGAGGGCCAGUUGACGGGCAUGCAGCGCAACGGCGGGAAUGCGCUGGGUCUCAAACCAGAGAAGGGCCCGUUCUUCAUUAUGAAUAUGGGUUCUUCGUGGACCAACCCUACCGACGACUCCCGCCUUUACAAGUUCCUUAACGAUAUCACAGAGACCGUUAAGGCAUAUGCGAAGAGCAAGGGUAUCGACAAUGAUUUUGUUUAUCUAAACUAUGCAUCGGAGUUUCAGGACCCUAUUGCUAGCUAUGGGGCUGAUAAUGUUGAGCGCCUGCGAGCAAUCAGCAGAAAAUACGACCCUGGGCAGGUGUUCCAGAGGCUCCAACCUGGUGGCUUCAAGCUGAGUGGAGGACCUCCAAAUCAGUCAGAACCAUAGGGUGAAGAUCUUUGGAAACCAAGGAAGGCGGGGUUUUCUCGAGGAGAAGUAUUAGGGGCAGGAGGAAGAGGUUCUUGACUUGCGUCGCUUGCAAACAGAAGAGAUCCUGCAGGAGGAAUACUCUUCUUCGAUCCUGAGUUCUUAGGUUCCUCUAGGCCGCCUGCUUCUCGGAAGGCAUUCGUAUCAAUGUUACCUAGUGCUGCUGUGAGGUUGCUUAUUACUCGUCUAUGGCAUCUCUGCAGCAGCAUUAACCCUUUACCUAGGUACUGUGUUGACAUGUGUCGUCGUAUUACACUUCCUCGGCGGCGCAUGUUCACUCGUCACUCGCGUCAUCGAAUUGCACUCACUCGGUGAAGCACAUUGUUUUUUUUUUUAUUGGCUCUGUUUCCUUGUGGAACUAGUCGAGGAAGAAUAGCGCAGGAAACGGAAGACGACUGAAUCUAUGCAUGGACAAGAGCUCGCCCAUCAAAGGACCUCGCGACUCGCAGGAAUGA